AUGUACGACAUUUCAGUUAGCUGCGGUUUGAUCGUCAGACUUCCUGCUGCCUUCUUCCUCAAUUUUAUUUCAGUUAUUUUGCUCCAAGGACAGAGAGUAUUUGGCUGGGUCUCUGCAAAUAAAGCGAUGUGGAUUUCGAUUCUGCUGAUUAGUUUCCUACCUGUUUCAGGUGCAUUGUGGGCAGAGAAAUAUGUCAGAGGAAUUGUGGGAAGAACAGUCACAACCGAUUGUCACUAUGAAGGAAUGUACCACUUUCAUACAAAAUAUUGGUGCAUUGGAUUGAACCACCAGUGUUCAACUGUAGUGCAAACAUAUGGGCACCCAGAACGGAGUGGAAGAGUGUCAAUCACAGAUAACCGGACACUAGGAGUGUUCACUGUUACUAUGGAGGGUCUUCGCCCUGGAGAUACAGGAUGGUACGGUUGCGGAAUUACAACAUCUGGCCACAAUCCACUGUUUGGAGUACAUCUACUAGUAUCUGAUGAACCUGUGUCUGUUCCUGUGCUUCGAUAUCUGUCACCAGCAAAUGUCUCACGUCUCGGGGGCUCAGUGUCAGUGUCCUGUGAGUCUGAGCAGGGAUCACUUCCCAUUCAGUACACAUGGUAUGAAAACUAUUCAUCUGGGCAUUCAUAUAUCUCAAAUGCUAAUGAACUGGAUCUACAUUGUCAAUCCUUCAACCAGCAGCACCAUCAAUAUUACUGCAGAGCCUCGAAUCGGCUUGGAGCAAGAGCCAGUGCAAUGGUUAAUGUGACAGUCUUCAACAAUGGAGAGAUCUGCAGUUAUGUGACAGAAAUCAAUGGCACCAUUUCAGGUGCUUUAUGGGCACAAGAUAAAGUAAGAGGAGUUGUGGGAAGAGCGGUCAAAAUCGAUUGUCACUAUGCGCCAAUGUACCGUUCACACACAAAGUAUUGGUGCCGUAGUUCGAGUCACCAGUGUACAGUUUUAGUGGAAACAAAUGGGACACAAGGACAGAGUGGAAGACGGUCAAUCAUAGAUAACCCAACGCGGGGAAUAUUUACAGUUACCGUGGAGGAUCUUCGCUCUGGAGAAUCAGGGUGGUACAGAUGUGGAAUUACAACAUCUGGCAACGACCCAACAUUUGUCGUAUAUCUACGAGUCUCUGAUGAACCCGUAUCUGUCCCAGUGCUUGGAUUUCUGUCACCACCAAACGUCUCACAUCUUGCGGGUUCAGCAUCAAUGUCAUGUGAGUCUGUCCAGGGAUCCCUUCCAAUUCAAUACUCAUGGUAUGAAAAGACACCAUCUAUGGAUUCAAAGAUCUCAGACACCAAUAAACUGGAUCUACAUUGUCAACCUUUCAAACACCAACUCAAUAAAUAUUACUGCAAAGCCACAAAUACGCUUGGAACAAAAUCAAGUGAAACUGUGAAUAUGUCCAUCUACAACAGAGGAGGGAAGUACAAAUAUCUGAUGCAAUUGAGUCACAUGGUUUCAGGUGCAUUGUGGGCAGAGAAAUCUGUAAGAGGAGUUGUGGGAAGAGCGAUCACAAUCGAUUGUCAAUAUGAAGCAAAGUACCGUUGGCACACAAAGUAUUGGUGCAAUGGAUGGACUAUCCAAUGUUCAGUUUUAGUGAAAACAAAUGGGCGACAUGGACGGAGGGGACGAGUGUCAAUCACAGAUAGGCCAAAACAGAGAAUAUUUACUGUUACUAUGGAGGAGCUUCACUCUGGAGAUGCAGGAUGGUACAGCUGUGGAAUUGAAACAAGCGGUGUCGAUACAAGAUUUAAUUUAGAACUAAGAGUAAAUUAUGAACCUGUGUCUGUUCCUGUGCUUCGAUAUCUGUCACCAGCAAAUGUCUCACGUCUCGGGGGCUCAGUGUCAGUUUCCUGUGAGUCCCUCCAGGGAUCCCUUCCCAUUCAGUACACAUGGCAUGAACAAACCUCAUCUGGGCAUCCAAAGAUCUCAGAUACCGAUGAACUGACUCUACAUUGUCAAUCCUUCGACCAGCAGCGCCAUCACUUUUACUGCAGAGCAUCGAAUCAAGUUGGAGCAGAAUACAGUGGAAUAGUUAAAGUGACAGUCUUCAACAACGGAGAGAUCUGCAGCUAUGUGACAGAAAUCAAUGGCACCAUUUCAGGUGCUUUAUGGGCAGAAGAUAAAGUGAGAGGAGUUGUGGGAAGAGCGAUCACAAUCGAUUGGCACUAUGCACCAAUAUAUCGCUCAGACCCGAAGUAUUUGUGCUGGAUAUGGGAUCGCCAAUGCACAUCAUUAGUGAAUACAAAUGGACAAAAUGAGCAGUAUGGAAGAAUGACAAUCAGAGAUAACACAUCCCAGGGAAUAUUUACUGUUACUGUGGAGAAUCUUGUCUCUAAUGAUACAGGACAUUACAGAUGUGGAAUUACAUCAUCUGGCACUUCUCCAAUGUUUGUCGUGUAUUUACAAGUAUCUUAUGAACCCCCAUCUGUUCCUUUACUUCAAUUUUCCUCACCAACAAAUGGCUCAAGUUGUGGGGACUCCAUGUCAGUGUCCUGCGAGUCUGUCCAUGGAUCCCUUCCCAUUCAGUAUUCAUGGUAUGAAAAGACACCAUCUGAGGAUUCAAAGAUCUCUGACACCAAUAAACUGGAUCUACAUUGUCAAUCCUUAAAAUACAAAAAUCAUCUGUAUUAUUGCAAGGCCUCAAAUGUUAAUGGAACAGUGUCCAGUGAAAUGGUCAGUGUGUCCAUCUCCAACAGCGUCAGCACCUGCAGAAAUGUGAUUGAAGUCAACAGCACGGUUUCAGGUGCAUUGUGGGCAGACAAAUCUGUAAGAGGAGUUGUGGGAAGAGCGAUCACGAUCGAUUGUCACUAUGAAGAAAAGUACAGCUCGCACACAAAGUAUUGGUGCCAUGGAUGGACUCAUCAAUGUUCAGUUUUAGUGGAAACUAAAGGGCAACACAGACAGAGGGGACGAAUGUCAAUCACAGAUAACCCGGAACAGGGAAUAUUUACUGUUACUAUGGAGGAUCUUCGCUCUGGAGAUACAGGAUGGUACAGCUGUGGAAUUUCAACACCAGGUUCCGAUCUGAUGUUUCAUUUACAUCUACAAAUAUCUGAGGAACCUGCGUCUGUUCCCGUGCUUCAAUAUCUGUCACCAGCAAGUAUCUCCCAUCUCGGUGGCUCCGUGUUAGUGUCCUGCGAGUCUCUCCAGGGAUCCCUUCCCAUUCAGUACACUUGGCAUGAAAAACACUCAUCUGGGGAUCAAAUGAUCUCAGACACCAAUGAACUGGUUCUACCCUGUCAAUCCUUAGACCUUCAAGCCCAUCGAUAUUACUGCAAAGCCUCGAAUAGACUUGGAAUAACAUCCAGUGGAAUGCUAAACGUGACAAUCUUCAGCAACACAAAGAUCUGCAGUAACGUGACAGAAAUCAAUGACACUAUUUCAGGAGCAUUGUGGGCAGAGCAGUAUGUAAGAGGAGUUGUGGGAAGAGCUAUCACAAUCGAUUGUCACUAUGAAGAAAAGUACCGCUCACACACAAAGUAUUGGUGCCAUGGAUGGACUCGUCAAUGUUCAAUUACAGUGGAAUCAAAACAGCAACAUGGACGGAGGGGACGAGUGGCAAUUUCAGAUAAUCCAGAAUGGGGAAUAUUUAAUGUUACUGUGAAGAAUCUUCGCUCUGGAGAUACAGGAUGGUACAGCUGUGGAAUUACAACACCAGAUGCCGAUCCAAUGUUUUAUGUACAUUUACAAGUAUCUUAUGAACCUGUGUCGGUUCCUGUGCUUCAAUAUCUGUCACCAGCAAAUGUCUCACGUCUUGGGGGCUCAGUGUCCGUGUCCUGUGAGUCUCUCCAGGGAUCUCUUCCCAUUCAGUACAGAUGGUAUGAACAAACCUCAUCUGGGCAUCCAAAGAUCUCAGAUAACAAGGAGCUGACUCUGCACUGUCAAUACUUCAACCAAACCCACCAUCAAUAUUACUGCAGUGCCUCCAAUAGUCUUAGAGUAAUAUACAGUGGAAUGAUUAAUGUGAUCAUUUUCAACAACGGAGAGAUCUGCAGUUAUGUGACAGAAAUCAAUGGCAUCAUUUCAGGUGCUUUAUGGGCAGAAGAUAAAGUAAGAGGAGUUGUGGGAAGAGCAAUCACAAUCGAUUGUCACUAUGCACCAAUGUACCGUUCACACACAAAGUAUUUUUGCCAUAUGUGGGGUCGCCAAUGCACAUCGUUAGUGAAUACAAAUAGGACAAAUGAGCAGUAUGGAAGGAUGACAAUCAGAGAUAACAUAUCCCAGGGAAUAUUUACUGUUACUAUGGAGAAUCUUGUCUCUCAAGAUACAGGACAGUACAGAUGUGGAAUUACAACAUCUGGCAAUCAUCCAAUGUUUGAUGUGCAUCUACAGGUAUCUAACGAACCGGUGUCUGUUCCUGUGCUUCAAUUUCUCUCUCCUGCAAAUGUCUCAUGCGUUGAGGGCUCCGUGUCAGUGUCCUGUGAGUCUGUCCAGGGAUCUCCUCCCAUUCAAUACACAUGGCAUGAAAACACAUCGUCUGUGAUCUCUGUCAGUGGUAAACUGGAUCUACAUUGUCAAUCCUUCAAGUACCAACACCAUCAAUAUUACUGCACAGCCUCGAAUACUUGUGGAGCAAAGUCUAGUGAAGUAGUGAAUGUGUCCAUCUACAACAGGGAGGGCAACUGCAGUUUUGUGAUUCGAUUCAUUGGCACUGGACGUGAAUAUUCAUGUGAAACAUUUACAACAGUAUCAACUGCAAGUUUCAUGAUAUGGAAAGUGCUUCGUUGGCUGCUCUUCACUCUGCUGAUGAUUGGCACUAUUUCAGUUACGUGGUUCACAAGACAAACUAAGAAACCUGAUGAAUCAGACCCUCACAGACUGGUCUAUAAGGUAAAGUGAAGGCUUCUGACUGCUGGAAUUUUGCACCAAGAUAAAAUAUCCAUACUUCUUCCCUCUUGUGCAACUUGCAUCAUUUGUGAAGAGUUAACCUCUCUUGUCAUUGAAUUGUUAACUUCAUGAAGGUGACAAAGUAAUAUUACCAUACUUCAAGACAGUGACUUCUUUUCAGCAUUCUAUUUCCAACAUGUCAACCUCACUGAUCUCAAUAUGUUUUUUUUUUGUUGUCCCAGUAAUAAAUUUUAACCCUAACGUGGCUGUGAAUGGAUUAAGACCAUUUUACCCUAAUAAACUCUCUUCUGUGGUUUCACAUGUCAGAGGUCAAUGCUGUUGUAUAUUCCAAUAAUUGAUAAAUAAUCAGUUAAAAUACUUGUUUAUAAACUGCUGAUGUUAAUAAAUGGUUUAUCCUUUUGGUUUAGUUGAGAAUGAAAAUUCAUACAUGGCAAACAGAUCAAUUUCAAGCUCCUGGCUUUUCAUGAGGGAGUCAAGAGCAUAAGACCA